CGGAUACUGGAUACUUCAAUUCCUCUUCACCCUCAUCGUCCUCGAUCCUCCCAUACUCGCUCCGCUCGGGGCAAGCUCGAUGACAAUGAUUGCACGCCAAGUGUCAUCGCCCGCGGCGCUAUCUCAAGCAUCCCAUCGGGUCGCCCGCGCUGCCACAACCAUCCCGAGCUGCUCAGCACCACGACAACAGCGUCGAAGUCUAGCCACUGUGCAGGAUGCGAACCCGGUGCGGCAUUAUGGCGGCCUGAAGGAUCAGGAUCGGAUAUUUCAAAACCUGUACGGACACCAUGGCGCGGAUUUGAAGUCGGCGAUGAAGUAUGGGGAUUGGCACAAGACGAAGGAGAUAGUAUUAAAGGGACAUGACUGGAUCAUCUCGGAGAUCAAAGCUUCUGGACUUCGAGGUCGAGGUGGUGCCGGAUUCCCUUCCGGCUUGAAAUGGUCUUUCAUGAACUUCAAAGAUUGGGAUAAGGACACCAAACCUCGAUAUCUCGUCGUCAAUGCGGACGAGGGCGAGCCAGGAACCUGCAAAGACCGCGAGAUCAUGCGAAAGGACCCACAUAAACUCAUCGAAGGAUGCUUAGUGGCAGGCCGUGCUAUGAACUGCACCGCAGCAUACAUCUACAUUCGCGGCGAAUUCUACCACGAGGCCACCGUCCUUCAACGAGCCAUCCAAGAAGCCUACCAGGCCGGGCUGAUCGGAAAGAAUGCCUGCGGUUCCGGCUACGACUUCGACGUUUUCAUCCACAGGGGGAUGGGCGCCUACGUCUGCGGUGAAGAGACCUCGCUCAUCGAGUCCCUUGAGGGCAAGCCAGGCAAGCCGCGUCUCAAGCCUCCGUUCCCUGCGUCUGUUGGUCUCUUCGGCUGCCCGUCAACCGUCGCCAAUGUCGAAACCAUCGCCGUUGCACCAACAAUCUGCCGCCGCGGUGGUAACUGGUUUGCAUCCUUCGGUCGCGAGCGUAACGCCGGUACCAAGCUGUUCUGCAUCUCUGGCCACGUCAACAAUCCCUGCACCGUCGAAGAAGAGAUGAGCAUCCCUCUCCGAGAGCUCCUGGAGAAGCAUUGCGGCGGCGUCCGCGGCGGCUGGGAUAACCUCAAAGCUGUUAUCCCGGGCGGCUCCUCCACUCCGAUCCUCCCCGCACAUCUGUGCGGCGACCAGCUUAUGGACUUCGACGCGUUGAAAGAUGCGCAAUCGGGUCUCGGCACCGCGGCUGUCAUCGUCAUGGACAAGUCUACCGACGUCGUCCGCAGCAUCUCCCGGCUCGCCAAGUUCUACCACCACGAAUCGUGCGGCCAAUGCACGCCGUGCCGCGAGGGCUCGGCGUGGACCGACCAGAUCAUGAAGCGGUUCGAGAAGGGCCUGGCCCGUGAGCGGGAGAUCGACAUGCUGCAGGAGCUGACGAAGCAGGUGGAGGGCCAUUCGAUCUGCGCGUUGGGCGAGGCGUUCGCGUGGCCGUUGCAGGGGUUGAUCCGGCAUUUCCGGCCCGAACUGGAGGCGCGGAUACAGCAGCAGGCGCGAGAGAUGGGCGGCGAGCCGUUGGCGGGGGGAUGGGCGCACGAUACCGUGAAGAAGGGGCAGUUGGUGGCGCCGGGGCAGUAGAGAAAGGUUGAAAAAGGCUUGUCGCAACAUGUAAAUAGUUUAGGUUUGGCACAUGUAUGGCCGGCGUCCAUGGGAGCCUUGAAUGGAAAGUUCCAAUUGCAUAAUAUGGAAAAGUGUAUACUCGGUCAGAGAUAUCGAUAGACCACCUCACCGCCGACGCCAGCAAUGCUUAGCCACCAUAACCUGAUCAGACA